CAGCGCGCGGGCCCAGUGCCCGCGCACGGAGGAUGAAGCUCGGCCGUUGCCGGUAGGAGCGAGGGUUGGGGGCGGGUUUGCCCCAACCCGACUCCGGAUUGGUCAGGCCCAGAGAGCCGAAUGACGACAGCCAAGGAGAACGUCUGAUUUGUGUGGUGGGCGCGGGCAGGCGGGGAAGCGCAUUGCGCAGGCGCAGCUGCUCGGCUCCUCUCGCCCUAGAGCCCCGGCCCAGCUCUCGCGGACAAGUCCCGACAUCGCGUGCUCCCCCUCCGGGACCGCCCCCUCCCCCUUCUCGGCGUCGUCGAAGGUAAACAAUAGUUGGCCGGCGGGCGCGGAGUGUGUCUCCCGCCGCCAGAUUCGGCGGGCUGCGUGGGACCGGCGGGAUCCCGGCCAGCCGGCCAUGGCGGGGCUGUACUCGCUAGGAGUGAGCGUCUUCUCCGACCAGGGCGGGAGGAAGUACAUGGAGGACGUUACUCAAAUCGUGGUGGAGCCCGAGCCGACGGCUGAAGAAAAGCCCUCGACGCGGCGGUCGCUCUCUCAGCCGUCGCCUCCGCAGCGGUCACCGUCGACUCUUGCUGGCAGCGAAGUCUCGGGGAGAGGCCCGGCGGCGGCAGCCCGAGAAGCUCGCGACCCUCCCCCGGACCCCGCGGCCUCACCAACUCCCGGUCGCUGCUGCCGCCGCCGUUCCUCAGUGGCAUUUUUCGCCGUGUGCGACGGGCACGGCGGGCGGGAGGCGGCACAGUUUGCCCGGGAGCAUUUGUGGGGUUUCAUCAAGAAGCAGAAGGGAUUCACCUCGUCCGAGCCGGCGAAGGUUUGCGCUGCCAUCCGCAAAGGCUUCCUAGCUUGUCACCUCGCCAUGUGGAAGAAACUGGCAGAAUGGCCAAAGACUAUGACAGGUCUUCCCAGCACAUCAGGGACAACUGCCAGUGUGGUCAUCAUACGGGGCAUGAAGAUGUAUGUAGCUCACGUGGGUGACUCAGGGGUGGUUCUUGGAAUUCAGGAUGACCCGAAGGAUGAUUUUGUCAGAGCUGUGGAGGUGACACAGGACCAUAAGCCAGAACUUCCCAAGGAAAGAGAACGAAUCGAAGGACUUGGUGGGAGUGUGAUGAACAAGUCUGGGGUGAAUCGUGUAGUUUGGAAACGACCUCGGCUCACUCACAAUGGACCUGUUAGAAGGAGUACAGUUAUUGACCAGAUUCCUUUUCUGGCAGUAGCAAGAGCGCUUGGUGAUUUGUGGAGCUAUGAUUUCUUCAGUGGUGAGUUUGUGGUAUCACCUGAACCAGACACAAGUGUCCACACUCUUGACCCCCAAAAGCACAAGUACAUUAUCUUGGGGAGUGAUGGACUUUGGAAUAUGAUCCCACCGCAGGAUGCCAUCUCAAUGUGCCAGGACCAAGAGGAGAAAAAAUACUUGAUGGGUGAGCAUGGACAGUCUUGUGCCAAAAUGCUUGUGAAUCGAGCACUAGGCCGCUGGAGGCAGCGUAUGCUUCGAGCAGAUAAUACUAGUGCUAUAGUGAUCUGCAUUUCUCCAGGAGUGGACAGUCAGGGAAAUUUCACCAAUGAAGAUGAGCUCUAUCUGAACCUGACGGAUAGUCCUUCCUAUAAUAGUCAAGAAACCUGCGUGAUGACUCCUUCUCCAUGUUCUACACCACCAGUCAAGUCACUGGAGGAGGACCCAUGGCCACGGCUGAACUCUAAGGACCAUAUACCUGCCCUUGUUCGUAGUAAUGCCUUCUCAGAGAAUUAUUUAGAAGUCCCAACUGAGAUAGCGCGAGGCAAUGUCCAGGCGGCAGUCAUACCCGCAAAAGAUCCAGAGCCACUUGAAGAAAACUGCACUAAAGCCCUGACUUUAAGGAUACAUGAUUCUUUGAAUAAUAGCCUGUCAGUUGGCCUUGCGCCUACCAAUUCGACAAAUACCAUCAUGGACCAAAAAAAUUUAAAGAUGUCAACUCCAGGUCAAAUGAAAGCCCAAGAAGUUGAAAGAACCCCUCCAGCAAACUUUAAAAGGACAUUAGAGGAAUCCAACUCUGGUCCUCUUAUGAAGAAGCAUAGACGAAAUUGUUUAAGUAGAAGUAGUGGUGCUCAGCCUGCAAGCCUCCCCACCACCUCACAGCGAAAGAACGCUGUUAAACUUACCAUGCGACGCAGACUUAGGGGCCAGAAGAAAAUUGGAAAUCCUUUACUUCAUCAGCACAGAAAAACUGUUUGUGUCUGCUGAAAUGUGUCUGGAAAAUGUUUUUUUCCCCAAACUUAGGAUAUAAGAGGGCUUUUUGAAGUUGGUGCAGAACUUGAACUUUUUUUAGGGGGACAAAAUAAAAACAGUAUACAGUUUCACUUUUUGGAAUUUGGCAGUUUUAUCCUGGCCUUGUAUUGUAUUAUAAAUGUGAAUUUUGUAGAUGUUAGGGUAUAAGUUGCUGUAAAAUGUGUGUAAAUUUGUAUACUCCACACAAACUCAGUCUCUUAUUCUGACACAGUAAAUGUAACAACAGGGCUAAAAUUAAAAAAAAAAUCAAAAGAAUCUAUUAGAUUUUAGAAAUACAUUUAAACUUUUAAAAAUGCUUAUUAAGAAAUUUGUAUAAGUCACUUGUGAUGAAAACUACACAACUUUUUAAAGUAAAUUAUUAAGCAAACUGGAAAAGUGAUGUAUUUUCAUAGUGACCUGUGUUCCACUCAAUGUUUCUUAGAGACAGCUAGUGUCUUUUAAAAAUUAUUUUUUAUUUCUAAUUUCAUAAUUCAGAACUAAAUUUUUCAUAGCAGAAGUGUUGAGCCAUGCUUAAAGUAGCUCGGCAUUAGUCUUCUUGUCCUAAUAAAAAAUACUAUGCAGUAUCUCUUAUUUCAUUAGCAUUUUUGUAAAACAUCAAUCAUCAGAUAUACUCCUCAAAUCUUUGGAGUAGAAGGAGGUGUGUUUGCCUCAAAAGGUGCCCUUCUCAAUCAUCCCAGACAUUCAGUGGCAUUAUUGGGUCUUAAAGUAGUUACCCUCUUCUCGUGUUUGCAUAAAAUAUGUGAAGUUUUUCUUGCUAUUUCAAUAACGGAUGGUGCUGCUAAUUCCCAACAUUUCUUAAAUUAUUUUAUAUAUUGGACAGUUUUCAUUGAUUAUAUGGAUAUAUGUUUGUUCAUCUAAUAAAUCAGUGAGCUGUU